AUGAGAUUGCAGAGGUGUAUUAAUGACGGAAGGUUGACGAUCAUCGUAGAAUUUCGACCGUCAGUUUUCAAUGGAUCAGAAAAUUCAAAAGUGGCUGGUGUCGCACCUGCCACAGAUUUUAGCGUUACUAUUCAGCCGACGGGGACUCCAAAAGGAAUAACAAUUUGGUGCACGACAUCAAGUUGUUUCACAGAAAGCUCACGACGAUUCUCAAUCGCAAGUGUCAGAUACUUUGAAUCUGCAGACGAGAAACUGUUCGGCUACAAUGGCCCUGAGUUCACCGACCUCUCGUCUGUCCUCCGAACACACUUUGAUGCGUGGUUCUUGUCUAUAGGGCUUGAUGAGAAGUUGUGUGACCUGAUUGACGACAUCUGCGCGAGAAGAGAACACUUCGAGUAUCAAAGAUGGCGCCAGGGAAUUCAGAAAUUAACAGAUCGCUAG